UACUGUUUACUAUUUCAGGCAGUCGCUUUUGUCCGGAGGUACAACCAUGUCCUUGGCGGAGGUAGUCCUGGGUUUCCUGGAAGACGCGGAGCCGUGGCGGCUUCGCUCGCCGCAGUUUCCCAGUAAAGUCGGAGGGAAGCCAGCGUGGCUCUCCCUGCGAGGCCUGCCCUCACUGUCCGGGCUGGAGUGUGACAUAUGCCGCCUGCCUCUGGCCUUUCUGCUGCAGGUGUACGCACCCAUUUCUGGUCAGGACAGAAGUUUCCACAGAACUUUGUUUCUGUUCUGCUGCAAAACUCCUGAGUGCUACACACGUAAUGACAGCCGCUGUAUGAAAGUAUUCAGAAGUCAGCUGCCUAGAAAGAAUGAGUUCUACCCGUACGACCCACCACCAGAGGAUGAACCCCCCAGCGAUCUCGAUAAAGAUCACAGUGUGCUGCCUGUCUGUGGAGUUAAACUGUGCUGGGUGUGUGGUUGCCCUGGCAACAAAGCCUGCUCCCGCUGUCACGCUGUAACCUACUGUGGAAAACACCACCAGACCCUCCACUGGAAACACGCACACAAGAAGGAGUGUGGCAGCACAGAAGCAUCUGUUGUCACAGCCUCUCCCUGCGUCUUCCCUGAGUCUGAGCUGGUCAUUGAGCCUGAGGAAGAGGAAGAGGAAGAGGAAGAGGAGGCUGAAGGAGAAGAGCAGACGGCCAAUGCUCAGAGUGAAGAUUGUCCGUCCUUAGACGAAACUCUGGCAGAGACAGACCUAGAGGAGAUGGCUAUGCAUGAGACUGAAGACAACAAAGCCUUCCAGCGGUUUAAAAAGAAAAUCGCUCCAGAGCCACACCAGGUGGUGCGUUACAGUCGAGGUGGCUCUCCCUUGUGGGUCUCCUCCACGCACAUCCCUUCAGAUCAGGACAUCCCAGCAUGCACCUGUGGCGCCAAGAGGACUUUUGAGUUUCAGGUGAUGCCCCAGCUGUUGAACAGUCUGUGUGUGGACUCCACAGGAGCCAGUAUUGACUGGGGGACCCUGGCUGUCUACACAUGCUCCGUCAGCUGUAACCAUGACGACGAGUACUGCCCUGAGUUCAUUUGGAAGCAGGACUUCAGCUCAGAUCAACAAACACAGAUUAAACAGUCAUAAUAUCUCUGUUAUGGUGGACAGAGUCUUAAGAUGCUCAAACAGUUGUGAAAACUUGGACUCAGCAGUGAUGAUCACACUUGAAGUGACUUAACUUCCCAACAAGUAGACUCGACAUGUUCUACUGCUGAUGUAUGUGACUGAUGAGACAUGGACCAGUUGUUAACAUCAGUAGCCUGUCUUUUCUGACUGGUGAGAACAACGUGUUUACUGGGUUAUUUCCAUUCUUAGUCCUCCAUACUGUUCAUACAAGACAUAUUUACCUGUGUGUAUAUAUAUCAAAGUGUGACUUUCAUUUUUGCUUUCUUAAAAAAAAGUUGAAAUUUAUCUCCAUAGAUAAAUAUUGACUUCAAUUCAAAAGGGGCUUUGUUGGCAUGGGGAAUGUGUGUUUACAUUGCCAAAGCAGGUGUGAAAUGCAGUCUGUCUUCUCUGGGGAGUCUGGUCUUCCUGUGGUGGUCAUGAUCAAGUUUUGGAUCUGCCACUGAGUAUUCUCUGGAGUGCUAUUUGGUCCUAAACAGUUUCCCGCAGAAAAUUACACAUGAGCAAUGUUGCCAUGUGUAAGUGGUAAACGCAACUAGCUUUGACAAUAAAACAUUGCACCUAUCGUAAUAAUUUCAGAUAGCCUAUUACUACUGCACAUUGUAUUCUGUCACUUUCCUUCAAUUUAAGGUAUUCUCUGAACUAUAUUAUAUAGUAAUUAGUUAUUUAGUAGUUUUAUUCUCUGAACUACAGUCACCUGCAACUUCAUUGGGAACACUUGCAAUACAAUAUAAUUAAAUCC